AUGCCGCCGAAACGAACAAAACGAACGCGAGGACGAACACUGACACAGAAUGCUCGCAAUGCCUUCAUCGAAGAACAGUUUCCCGAUGAGGCUCGUCGGAGAAACCUCAAUCCGCAAGUCAUAUGGUCAAAGAGAAAGAAGGAUACAAGGCGCGAGCGAAUAGUCAAAUGCUGCUCGGCGAGGUUUCCCUCCCUCACCGCCCAAGGAAAACGGUGGUACCAAUACCAAGUCGAGAAGAAGUGGCCGUUUUGGUUUGAGCGCCCCAAUGGUGAAGUAGAGACCCGGCACCUUGAUCCGGGUCCGGAGUGGACCGUUGAAUUCGAGCUCGACCACUUCUCUAAGAACAAAAAGGGAGAUCCGAGGCGUGAUCAGUGGGUUGAGAAGCAACGCCUGGACCUGGAUAGCAUGACCGAGGAGCAGAAAGCAUCAAUUAACGAGGCGAGAGACAUUAUCUUACGAGCUCGUGCCAAGCUACAACCUUUUGCUCCUGCUGCUCCUCCUGUUCCGGGUAAUGAAACCCACGAAAAACCACUGCCGGAUGAAGAAGAGCAGGACGAGGACCGCGAUCUCCUUUUGGGCUCUUGGGCUUGCCACAAAGUUCUGUAUGGGGUAGAGGAUACCUCGGUCCUGCUAUACCGAGAGCAAGAUGCGAACAACAAUACAACAGAUUGCCGGAACCGUACACUCGAGUACAGGCAUGAUAAGCUCCGUCAAGACGAUUAUAAUGGGGAUUUGAUCAAGACUAUCGCCACGGAAUGGAUGCCGCACGGUACUCUCGGGGACCUUAUUGACGAUUACCGUGGGAAGAACCAUCUGAUUCCGGAACCGUUCGUGUGGUAUUGUUUCAGAGCCGUGACCGAAAAUGUGCUAGUAUGUUGGAACGGCCAUGUAGGAAAGGGUACGGAUCCAUGGUGGGAGCACAUCGUCAAUUGCGACAUCAAGCCUGAUAAUGUAUUCCUCGGCGCACCCAACCCCAGCGAGCCUAUGGUCUGGGCACGACGAUAUCCACAGGAGAACAUGAUGCGGACCGAAGCAACCAUGAGGCGUUUGAACUUUAAGUUGCAUAGGAUUCCAGAUAUCUUGAAUCGGCUCGCAACACUCGAUGGAGGAGAUGAGAGCGGCGCCCACUCCUGGACGAUGGUCUGGGAGAUCGGAAUGCUGAUGUGGUGCAUGAUGACCAACAGCCCCUACGGAUCCCUUGAUAUGAGAGGGAGGGAGUUUGUAGUAGACUUUUCGGACCCUGCCGGAAGUUGCGAUUUUCCGCUCAAGGCAACGCCCAGCGGGGUCCCAAUGAGGCCUGGGUACUCGGGCAGGUUGGUGGAGCUGGUGUAUCAGUGCCUUGCAUUCCGCCCGCUGGAGAGAAUCGGUCUGGAAGAUUUAUGGGAUGAGGUGGUGGAGGGAUGCAAUGAUGUGGCAGCCGUGUUCGAUGGCCACCAGGACGAUCCUCCUCCAGAUGGACCAAAUUACUCCUUGCUGUCUGCCAUGACGCCGCCGGAUGCGCGUGGUCGUCGCGACGACCGAGGCUAUGAUGACUACGCCCGCCCUUCAUCCUCCUACCGUGCUAGAGACCGCAGCAGCGACUAUGACAGCUACCGCCGCGCGCCCUCGUCGCACUCCCAUUCGUCCUACUACGACCGCCCCGAUGAUGCUUAUCACUACGACCAACACCGUGCUCCGCGCAGAUUGAGCCCGGAUUACGACGCAUACUAUGAUCGCGACCGGCCUCGCGAAUAUCACUAUGAUGACCAUCGACGCGGAUCGCGCUCGUCGCGCUCCCGCUCGCCCCGUCGCAGCCAUCGCGAUGGGCCCGAGCGGCGCGGCUAUCGCGGCGCUUCCUACGAUUCGCAAGAGAACUAUAUGGAUUACCAUCGCUCGGACCCUAGCCAAUCGCCCCACCGCAGGAUCGAUGACAGACUCCACAGGAGAGGCUCGCACCAGUCUGCUGACCAUGAGUCGCAUCCACCCCAUCCGCUCAACGUCAUCCGUCGCCAUGCUCGCAAUGCUGAGCACGACACGGCCUAUGACGGCCAGCACACGCAGUUCCUCCUUGUUUCUGGUCUGGACGUGUCAACCGAUGAAAAGGCUCUGGCUGAAGGUCUGCUUCGCCUCUACAAGGCAGAUGAAGAUGCGCAGCCAGCUGGCCCUCCCCAGCCUACUGUAGGGACCGGGCUCAAGUCGACGGGGCUCAAGCCUACCUCGGUGCCCAGGAAUCCUGGUGCGAAGAAGGACAGUCUGAAGCGAGUCUUCUUGGUCCGUGAGAAGAAGUCGCGUCUUAGCUGCGGCUAUGGUCUGGCUGAGUUCCACAACAGGGAGGAAGCGAAAGCAGCGUAUGAGAAAUGCGUGCACGAGAAGGGACUCAAGAUUUCUUCCAAAGACGUGACUGUUACCUUUGCUCACCUUGGAGUCUUCGUGCCCGCAAGGGACGGCACACCUGAUGAGUAUUCUCACCUGGCUGGCAGUGACACAACCCAGCGGUUUGAGUACCGUAUCCCGAAGCUAUUCGCCAAUGAGGAAAUGGUUUCAGAGAACCCGCCUGAGGACCCAAAACUGCCUGAAGUACCGCAGCCUUCACAGAAGGGAUCCAGCGAUGGUAAUGGCACUGACCAGGGGGAGAAGAAAGCGAAGAAGAGGAAAGCGGAAGAGGUUCCGGUCCCAAAGACCAAGAGUCGCAUGACCAUAUCAGCUUUCGACACAUGGAAGCAGAGGCAGGCUGAGCUGGGUAGUGAGGCACCCCAGAAGGUGCUGCCUACAGAUCCUCUCGUGAGUGUCGAGGAGGGCAAGUGCUACCUUUGCGGUCGCGUAUUCAAGGGUGAUACGUUAAAGGCCCAUCUCGAAAGGUCUGAACUACACAAGAAGAACCUCACGAACCAAGAAGAGAUCGCGGCCGGCUGGGAGAGGCUCAAGAAAGCACAUCCGGAGACUGUUGUACCCACCAUUGACCCGUCUUCGCCACCAAAGGAGUUCAGGGAUCGCGCCAAGGAGCGCCGAAAGCAGUACGGUAGCACCGCACCCCCGUCCAAAGACUCUGGCUCUCGCGCAAAGGCCCGGUCCCCUUCUCCACCUCCGGAGCCUGGUAUCGGGGCAAAGCUUCUUGCCAAAGCUGGCUACACGGCAGGCGCUGGCCUGGGUGCAUCUGGUACCGGCAUCACAGCGCCCAUUGAGACCCAGAUGUACCGGCAAGGCGUUGGUUUGGGUGCCGAAGGAAGCAAGCUGGGAGACGCGCACACGGUAGCACAACAAGGCUACUUGGAAAGCGUUCAAGAGUCAGCAAGGGACAGGUACAAGGCGCUGCAGAAGCGCGACAGCUAA